CGCGAAAGUAACCACUGGCAACUCUUACAAUGGAGGUAGAUCUCAAAAGUGCAGCGAACCUCUUGCUGUUCAACAAACGAAUACUCUCGAUCAAUGGAAUGUGGCCUUUAGAUCGAACCUUUGUACAUUUUUACAUAAGUUACGUUUACUUGGUAGUCCAUUUGAUCCUCGCUUACUAUGAUUUGAUCAGUGUUUACGGUAAUAUCCAUCUCAUGAUGGGAAAUCUCCUGGAAACAAGUGUACAAACGAUGUUUUGCUUCAAAAUGAUCGUUGUCAGACACUCUCGCAGCCUCAAACAAAUAUUACGUCGCGUCGAAGAAGGCACCCAUGAUCGUAAUUAUCGUGACAACACCGAGAAACAGUUGUACUUGGCACACAAUGUCGUCGGACAAACUUUUUUCAAAGCUGGACAUUAUCUGACAUUUGCAACUGGUGUUAUCUAUUACUUAGGACCACUAAAGGAUUUCUUGACCGCUGCAGUGACGAACGACACUCUGCCUUAUAUCUUGCCAUACAAAACACACCUCUUUAUCGACAUUCAGAAUAUUCGAAAUUAUGCAUUGAUGUACAUUUGGCAAUUGCCUCUCGUUUAUUAUGGUUACUGUCAUGGGAUAACGGUGUGCUUUCUAUGCACUUUGGUCUUUCACGUUACUGGAAAAAUGUCAGUAUUGGCUCACAGAAUUCGCUUGAGCGGAUCAACUUCCGAUUCGUCGAUCGAAAACCAUAAUUCGAAUGCGAUGUUUCGAGAUAUCGUCGAUAAACAUUUGGAUGUUAUAUGGGAAGCUUCUGCGAUCGAUGAUGUUUUUAGCUUACUCUUGUUGGAGGAACUUUUCAUAUCGACGGUCCUCGUUGCCCUCAGUACUUAUAUUCUGCUAUCGCCUGCUGUUCCCGUUUACGAAAAAUUAUUUUUGGGCAAUUACUGCUCAGCUAUCGUAGGGAUUAUUCUGAUUUACUGCUUAACCGGGGACUCUCUCAUACGCGAGAGCGAAAACAUACGCAACGCUUUCUACGAGUGCGAAUGGUAUAAAAUGCAAUCGCAUCAUCAGAAAAAUUUGAUCAUUUGCAUGGUACGAUCCCAACAACCGGCGCAGCUGACUGCUGGAAGAUUUUACAUUUUCUCGCUGCCUCGGUUCAGCGAGAUACUCAAAACUGCCAUGGCUUAUAUUUCGAUGUUACGGACCGACGAUAUAAAGCAGGCAAAAAGUCUGUUUGAAUUGAAUAAGCGAGUUUUUGCUAUUAUUGGAGUAUGGCCAUUGCAACCGACCUACGGAAGGUUCAGUGUGUGGUGCACUUACGUUGCAAUCCAUUUAUCGCUGCUAUUCGCGGAUCUGUAUUACGCAUUCGGUGAUUUGGAAGCGGUGGUGCUGAACGUAACAGAAACCGGUUAUUGCACGAUGUCUCUUUCGAAAAUGAUAAUCUUGAGAUUUUCGGGAAGCCUCGUUGGCUUGAUGAAGCGAAUAAUCGCUGACGUCGAUGUUAAUUACUUCAGAAGUUCGGAAGAACUGAAACUCUAUCUCAGCUACAACCGCAUCGCCAAAAAAUCCUUCAAGUUUUGGCUAACAAUGGGAAUCAUUUCGUGUGUUAGUUAUAAUUUGAAGUGUCUCGAAUUCCGCGUGAGAUCCGCGUUCGGGAACGAAACGUUACCGUACAUCCUGCCGAAUCGUACUUGGCUCUUCUUCGACGUGACGAAAGCUUCCACUUUCUGGCUCGUCUGGUUGUACCAAUGUCCAAUUGUGUGUACAGCCACUUUCCAAGUGGCAACGAUAGGAUACGUCUUCAGUCUCAUUCUUCAUGUUUGUGGAAAAUUAUCGGUUCUGGUAUUCCGGAUAAAACAGCUUGAUCUGUCUUCAGUUGAAACCGACGAGCACACCAGAAAAGUUUUUCGUGAUAUAGUCCAAAGUCACCUUGACAUACUAGACAUGGCAGAAAAUAUCAAUCGAGUAUUUGGUUUUCUAUUGUUGGAAGAACUGCUCGUUUGCACCGUCCUCAUCGGUCUUUCAAGUUACAGUGUUCUCCGGAAUACCGAUUUAGAAGAAAUAGGAGCAUUUUUUACGUUCCUAUCUUACGUUUUGACAAUUCUCGCGUUCAUUUACGGUUACUGCAUCGCCGGGGAAUACCUCAUCACCGAAAGUAAAAAUUUGUACGAAGCGUACUAUCAAUGCCAAUGGUACAAGAUGCCAAAAUCUGUCCAAAAACAGUUGAUUAUAUGUAUUAUUGGUGCAACGAAACCUAUUCAAUUGAAUGCUGGAGGUUUCUAUGUUUUCUCGCUGCCGGUAUUUGUGAGCAUACUGAAAACCUCGGCUGGUUAUAUCUCCAUGCUGCGAGAGAUGAUUUGA